AUGUCGAAGACCACAAACUCCCGCCGCAUUUCCAGGAGCAACAAGGUUGACGUACCGCUCGAAUUGGAGAUGUGCCCCCAUAUCACUAUGGCACUCAACGGCGUCGAGAUAUGCACAUAUAACAGAGGGAGCCAUCAUUCUCUGUGCAAGCUAGAUGAGCGCAUUGCUUUAAUAUCUGAGGCUACUCGCGAAAAUGGUGGAGUCUACCUGCAUUUUAAUCAAAUUGGGUGCGAUGGCGAUAGAUUGUGCUACUAUGGUUGUGCAAUGAUCUUCGUCAACGGCAACAUCGUGAGGCAGUCAAGUCAGUUCUCGCUCAAUGAGGUCGAAGUCGUCACUGCAGCUAUCAAUCGGCCAAUCGCUCCCUCGCGCGGUCUCCAAGCCGUGGCAGCCCAGCCCCGCAAUAUGAGCGCAUCGAGCUGGAUUUCGCUUUAUCGCGCGAUGACGAUGAUGUUGAUUUGCAGCUCAGGUACCAACUCGAUAUCACGACCUGGAGGAGUUAUUACGCUCGGGCCUGCCUGUUUGCUCUGGGGCUACCUAAGGCGCUCAAAGUCUGCAGGCUAUUUCAUUCCGCUCUCAAGUGGUAUAGAUAGCUGUGCUACAGCCACGCUUGUAUACUCAACGUGCCGUUUUGUCAUUGCGGCGAUAAAUGGAGGUAAUCAACAGGUCAUCGAAGAUACUAAGCCUAUUGCCGCUUUUUCUGAGAACCUUCCCGGGGCUGCUGAAGAGCUUUGCAAUCAGGUACUUUGCAUUUGCUACAUGGGAAUGGAAAAUCAGAGCAGCAAAGAAACUCGGGAUCGUGCCAAAGCUCUGUCCGAUCGGAUAGGAUCAUAUCACACCGAUGUGAAUAGUUUCAAUUCGACGAGGAAUAUUUCAACUCAGGCCACUGGCUUCGAGCCUAAUUUCUAA